AUGGUCUACAGUGUGCCGGUCACGCUCGUCAAUCCAGGCGAACAGAGCUUCCUUCCAAACGCGUUUGGCGGGUCGGCACAGGUGAUCCUCAACACGACCUCGUUCAGCGACGUGCUCGGGCAGCUGGGCACCGUCUCGCAGAUCUCCAAGACACAGCACGAUGGCGGGUCUCCUGCGCCGCUGACGCUCAUGUUGACGGGCUGCUAUGUCAACGCAUCGAGCGAGUCGGCCGUGGACGGUGCUGGGACGCGCGCAGGCUCUGGGUACCGCGACUGCACCACGGCAUGCUCGGACGUGAGCAUGAUGUUCAACUCGAGCUAUACGCUGUGGAACUGUCUGACGCUGGCGGCGGCGAGCCAAUAUGUGGAUGACCAGGUUUUGAUCCUCGACUCGGAUGAGCUGGCGACGGCUGGAGACAGCAUGGGGUUCAGCGACUUGGGUCAGUUCAACGCAACGAGUAUCUUUUCGAAUACGCUGCAGUGCAUUCAGUCGUCGUGCCAGGACUAUAGCCUCGGAUCGUGUACCAAGAACAUCACGACACUUGAUAUCAGUCGUGUUUCGGAUCAGGUAUCGGCACUGUAUAAUGGCCUGCAGACCUACUGUGAUGGGAUGGACAGCGCCAUUAAUUCUGAUAUUGCUGGUCCAGGCGUUGUCCUUUCCUAUAUUCUUCAGGCUGUGCUCGCCAUCACCGUCUAUGUCUUCAUCAACCUCCUCACAAGCUGGCUGCGACCCAUCCUCUCCUUUUUGUACACCGUUCAGGACCGCAUACAAGGCCAACAGCGGUCAGAUCGAGCGAUAGAUGCCACGGCGGCAGACUUGCACCCACAGCAGCAGAGAAACCCUUGGCAGCGAGCAGGCGAGCACCAGCGGAACCUCUCACGAUCCCGCGCAGCAGCAGCGCUGACGUCGGCGCUGGUCGAGUUCCAGGAGAUGCAGGGCUUCUUCGUGGCGUCGAUCCAACUGGCAACGCUCAUGAUUUUUGCUUCGUCGGACCAUUCUGCGAUGCUUAGCAGCACAAGCUCGUUCGCAGAGGCGGUGAUGAACGUGGAGAUUGUGCAGAUGCUGUCCAUCAGCGGCGUGCUGCCUGUCUUGUUCACGCAGGUCGGGCUGAUGCGGCUGGGCGUGCGGUGGUGGUACUUGACGUGCAUCAUGGUGAUCGUCUUCUCGACGGCCAUCAUCAUCUCUCAGAAGAGCCUGAUGCCCGACUACAACACGCUGUGGAGCUAUUUCACCGAGGAGUCCCCCAUCGCCAUGUGCGGCGGCAAUCCGAGCCCCAUGACAUAUUGUCUUGACUCGCUGAAUGUGAUCGACCAAGCCGUCAGCUCCAUGAACUCGGGCCUGUUUGUGGGCUUUAUAGUGGCACCGGCGUUGGUCGCGGACCAAGCCUGGCAUUCGCUCGACCGCAACGGGCGGAUGACGGCGCUCCUCGACAAGUGGGAGCUCUCCAGCGCGACGGCGCUGAUGUUGCGGCGGCGUGUGUGGCCGUUGUUCAGGACGGUGGCGUGGUUCGGUCUCGAAUUUGCGCUCCUAAUAUACGUGGGCAUGUACCUAAAAUCAGUCAUCGACAUCCUCCAGUUCGUCGGCACGUCCGCCUCCGACUGGACGUUUGGGCAGCUCAUCGCCAUUAUGGUCUGGGCCCCCGUGAUUGGCAAGUACGUCUACUACAAUGCCUUUGGCAUCACGGAAGGGGUCGGCAGGCGCCUGCCGAAACGCUACAAGGUUGUUGAGGUUGACGAGGACGAGGACGACUCCGGCUCAGGUCCAAGGCUCACUACUCUGGAUGCGGCGGAGGAGGAGGAGUGGACAAAACAUAGGAUGGGACCACGGAAGUACACCUUCGGCAGCACCAAGAGCAGCAGGGAGAGCUUCCAAUUGUCAAGCCGAAAGUCGACUUUCCAAACACUGAGCCGUGAGGAUACGCUGGUAGGGACUUUUACGCCAAACAUACCUGGGACACCCUACAUCGACUCGCCUUAUGAUGUUUGCGGGAGGAAGAACAAUCCCUUUGAUGAUCUUGGGAGAGGGAAACUUGACAAGUCAUAG